AUGCAUCGUCCCGGGGUCACCGUCCCCGAAUCGUCCGGUUCGCGUCCCGGCUAUCGAACCGAUCGUUUUGAAGAUGUAUACCCAACUCGUUUCCUGUUUUUGCAACCCGCCGUUCCCCGUUCCCCGUUUCCGUACCUCGACCCCGCCGUCCCGGAAACUUGGCAACUAUGUUCCCAACUGAACAAGAGGCUGGCAAUCGGACCGCCUCCAGGUUUCUCCGGCGUUCGCCAGCCGCCACAGAAGAGGUACCAGGCGCAGCCACCACAGAGGCCGUACCAGGCACAACCACCACAGAGGCCGUACCAGGCGGCGCAGUUGCAGCCACCGCAGAGGCAAUACGGGGCGGCGCCACAGCAGAGGCAGUUCGAGGCGGCGCCGGUGCAGUCGCAGCCACCGCAGAUGCAGUACCAGGCGCAGCCACCGCAGAAGCAGUACCAGGCGCAGCCACAGCACAGGCAGCACCGACCGACGCUGGAGCAGCCACCGCAGAAUCAGUACCAGGCGCCUCCGUCGCAGAUGCUGUACCUACCGGCGCCGCCGCCGCCGCAAGCCCGACCACCGCCACCGCAGAUGCAGUACCAGCCGGCGCCGGCGCAAGCGCAGCCACCGUUGCAGAGGCCCCGGCAGAACUUCCCCGCACCGGCAGCACCAACCGCUCACCGCGCCCCGGCCGGGACACUGCCGCCGGUGAACACCAGCAGCAAGCCCCGGUUCCACCCGAGGGCCGCGGCCAAGCCGGCAUCCGCGUUCAAGAAGCCCACCGUCGCCUGCGACGUCUGCGACGUGCGGUGCAUGACGGCGUUCCACCUCAAGCAGCACGAGAAGGGGAGGAAGCACCAGAACAAGGUGGGCUACGCCGCCGGGGAGAUGGACGUGCGCUGCGGCGUGUGCGACGUGCCCCUCCUCACCAAGCUCAACGUGAAGCAGCACUACGCCGGCAAGAAGCACCUCCUGCGGGCCUCCCGCUCCACUGCCAAUGGCGCCAAGGGCAAGCGAGCUACCUGA